AUGCGUUGUGAGCCUUGUGCGCCUUUAAAAAUCUGUAAAAGCCGAGAGCUGCGGGGAGGGCUGCUUUACACAGAUUGUUUCUGCCUUCGUCGUAACGGAUUGCAGUACGACUGUCGUAGAAGUGGCUGCCAGAAUUCUUCUUUAUGUCAAACGUUACCAGCGCCUUUAUGUGGGCCAGCUGCAGUUGCCUGCAUAAAGCACUGUCAAAAUCCCCAUGCAGAAGAACUACGAAGUAUUUGCAAAAUGAGAAAAAUGUGUUCUCCAUGUGGUCCUAUGGUAUGCUAUAAAUAUGAAGAUUGUGGACCAUCGUUGCAGUGCCUGCCGCGGUCUGCAUUUAAGCGUAAUGGGCUGCAGGAUUGCCAGUUCUUCCAGCAGGGGUCGAUCCGAUAUUUAUGUCGGGCAGGUCCCUGCUGUUCGAAGCCCUGUCCUCCGUCCUGCCCGCCGUGUAAAGAAAAAUAUGCCGAAACAGCUCCCGGAGCUGACGAUGGCGGCGCAGAAAAAAAAGAAGCAAUAGAAAACCAAAUAAAGAGAACAAAAAGCCGUGAGCUUCGCGGUGGGGUUAUGUACUACAGUUGCCACUGUAUAAAGCGAAACGGCCUUCAACAUGAUUGUCGGCGUACCGGGUGUGGCGGAGAGCCAGCCUGCCUUGUUUUACCUGACCCUGUAUGUGCUCCUAGUCAGUUAGCAAGAGCUCGUGGACUGGCAGAUUCUGCUCCAUUUGCAGCUCAUGUUCGUGCUCAAGCCGGUGGUUCCGGAAGUUAUACAGGUCCUGAUACUAGUUCGGGCUCCGGCAAAAGGUUCAUAGUUUGCGAACUUAAGGGCGUGAUCCCAGAUACCACGACAAAGAGAACUGGGCAGUGUUGUAAGUUACCAACAUCUAUUACUUCUGAAAUAACCGAUACAUAUUCUAAACUUUCCAAUGAUCUAAAAGUACACCAAGUAAAAUGUUCAUGUACAUGCAAUUCAUAUAAUAAAAUCAGUCCAAUAUAUUCAUUUGACGACCAAACUAUGGAAAAUAUUCUUAGUCAAUUUCAAAAUAAAGAUUUAAAGGAUAGUGAUAGGAUAGCUCUUGGUCCAGGUGGUAGACCGCAAAAACCAGUAAGAACUGUUUUUAAGGAGGAAUGCACUAGACCAGGCUGUGUACACUGGAAGCAGCCAUCACCUUGUUUGUGGUCAUUACCUUGCAAAGCCGAUUGUUUUGAGACUCCAUUAAUAGCUAGACCUGUUACGAAUGUAAUAAACGACGACGAUGGCUCCAGUUUACCUAGCGUGGCUUCUGCAAAUAACCAAAAAGAACGCAAAAUGAUUGUACUAACUCCAAAAGGU